AUGUCAACUCACUCGCGCCGCCGUUCCUUGUCGGAGAGCAGUUUCUCGGCCUUAAAAAUGGAGGACGAUCCAUCCUUCACUUUACCAUCCAACGAGCUCGUAGAUGACCACCACCCACUUCUACUCAGCAAACGCCACGGCGGAGACCGUUUUGCGGCGAUGGAGCAGCGUUCCAAGUCCGAGAGUUUGAUCUGCACGGCACAGGGCAUUGUAUUCCAAGACACCAAGUGCCAAGAGUACGGGAGUAAACUCAACAACCUUGUGGCUCUAGCCGCUGACUCGUCGAGUUCUCAGAGCAAUGUCGUGCUAGCCAAAAAAGCCCUGAGAUAUCGCAAAGUACUUGAGCGUCAUCGGUUUAUAGUGUAA